UUUCAAAAUUUUCCCUCCCAAUCUACUCCCAUUUCCCUCUAUCUCACUCUCUCAAUCACGACUAGAAGAAUCUCGAAGUACAAGAAGAGCUCCAAUCAUUUGCUAUGGCGUCUGAAAACGAUUUUCAAGAACUUCAAUUCUCAGGUCUAACUCUUUGUUUAAAGAACGCGGUACUUCCUGCAUCGAUUAAUUUGAUGAAUGUGUCAUCUGUUGGGUCCGAUCAAUGAAACGAACUACCGUGUGUAUAGUUCUUAUUUUUCUUCUAUUUUUGUUUUCUUUCCCUACGUCUUUCACAGCAGAAAGCAACCGAUCAUUAGUUCGAAUUGUGGUCGCUUUAUUGAAAAAUCAUGGUUCAUAUGCGGCCUAUUCCGCUACCAAUGAUUUUAAGGAUAAUCAUGUGGUUUAAACAUUUAUCUAAUCAGCUUUGGACUUUCGAAUGAAGACCACCAAGAUUCGCAGAAGAAAAUCCGUGUAAAACUACGGUUCAGUAGUUAAUUAUAUAUGUUAUCAGCAUCUUUCUUUGUUUCUGUUAAUUGUUUUAACCUUAUAGCUAAUUCAAUUUACUCAGUAGGAAAGAAAAUCAAUUUAUUUUGAUAAUCUGCAGUUUCUUCCUUUAUAUAUUUAUCUCCUUCUUUCUGAUUUCUGAGUGUCUCGGAUCAUUGUGAUUGGUUUGCUGGAUGGAAAAAUAGUUGUCAAUUUGACCGUGAUUAUUGUUUUUACCCUCUUUCCAUGACCCUUGUUUCUUUAUUGCUAUGGUGCUUGAACUCAAAACUGGCUGCAGUUCCGGAUACCAGACAGAAGGUUGAUGGUUUUUCUGUGUUUGAGGCCGGGAGUCCUCAAACUAUCGACAACUGGCCAAACGUAGGUGGGAAAAUGGACAGUGAAUGUUUACAAACAAAGCCAAAGUAUAAUAUUCGCAAGAGUUUGGCUUGGGAUAGUGCCUUUUUCACAAGUCCUGGAGUUCUGGACCCGGAAGAGUUGUUCCAGACACUUAAAUUCGGUAAUACAGGAAAUUCAGUUGACUUACUUGGGAACGAGGAACAGAAGGUUGUGCCGUUUGAGUCACUGGAAGCAGAAAGGACAAAUGGAAUUUGCAAAUCCAAUCUUCGCAAAAGUUUAGCUUGGGAUAGAGCCUUUUUCACUAGUGCAGGAGUUCUGGAGCCUGAGGAAUUGUCUAUAAUAAAUGAAGGAUUCAAGAAUUUUGAAUCACAUCCACUUCCUGGGAUUGAAGAAGAGCUAUGGAGGUCUGCUGAAUCAAACUCUACUGUAGACAGUGAUGGCUCCCCUUUAGCAAGCCUUGAGAUGGAUCUGUUUGAAGACAUAAGAGCAGCUGCACAUAAAUUAACUCAAGUAUCCAAUGCAACAACUCCUAGUUCCAAUUUGCAUAGAGGAAGACACAUGAAAAAUGUCCACUCGUCAAAGAAAGAUGAUCAUUCCUCUCAAGUUCGGAUGAAACACGCGCCGACUUCCAGAGGGAAUAGUUUCGCCAGACGUGGCUUAGGGAGGGUCGCAUAUGAGUCCUCUGUUUCAGCUCAAUCUCAGCAUGGUGCUGGCACUGGAGUACACAAUCCAAAAUGUGCGACUGGAAUUGGGAAAUUCAAUCCAAAGCAUGCAGCGAAAAAUGGAGAGCCGCAUCUUUCAUCAUCCCUCAAGCCCCCAAAGAUAUCAGGUCGGACUGGGCAAACUUUGAAAGCUCUUGCCAAAAGGGCUUCUUUGGGUCCAAACCAUGUCAAAUUGGAAACUCCAACUCUGAAAGCCACAUCUGGGGCCUGUUUGACCGUUUUAAAGAAACCUUAUCUGGGGCUCUCAUCAAGUGGGAUCCGUAGUUGUCUUCAGUCAUCUUUGUUGAGUUCUCCCACUGCCAUAACUGAAUCCGCAGUUUCUAGUUCCCCACACAGCAGGUUCUAUUGCUCUGCAACUGAUAUCAAAUCUCCUUUAAGCUAUUUGAGAGGAACUGGUACUGAGCGUGCCAAUUUGGUUUCCACCUCAUGUACAUCACCGGUUAGCUCCAUUGAUGGAUGCUCGUUGGAAUCAUCUUCAACUUCCACGACGAAACAAGGAUCAAAUAAGUCUACAGCAUGGUCUGAUACUACAAUGGAGACCCAUCAGCAUGAUGAAUACCACGUUGGCUGUGAAAGCCGGGAACAAAGUUCUCCGUUUCAAGUUUCCCAGAAAAUUUUAGCAGAAAGUAGCCCUGGCCCGUUAGAUGUUUUAAGAAAUAGCAAACCCUCAUGUCUUAAAAGGCCAUCGCCAAAGAUUGGAUUUUUUGAUGCGGAAAAUUCAACAACGCCGAUAUUACAUCGAGGUCCACAGUUUCAUUCGGUUGUACUAAGCACUUCAUCUAAAAGUGGAACCGGUAACAACCCUGAUGGAGAUGGCAACAGAGAAGAAUAUGGCAAGCUUCAACCUACAAGAAAAUUAAAAGGGCCUUCACAUCCUUUGCAGUUCGGGGAAGCAGAAAAUGGUUUCCUCCAAGCAUCUGCCUCCAUGAAAGAUAGUUUCGCCACAACUUCCAGAGCUCAGAAUAAAUUACCCGGCAGAAUGGGCGACAAACAUCGCUUGAAAGCUAAGAGUUUGAGCAAAAUGGGCGCAGCGUGUGAGGAUCAGGGCUCCCUAAAGGCCAAGCAGCGAUCUUCAAGAAAGUGUGAAGAUUCCAGCGUACGAUCUCCUGCAACGAAGUUGCAUGCAGUCGUUGAAGACGAGAAGGAAAAUUUUUGUGGUGUCAAAAAACAGGUCGAUAGUUUAGGUACACGUAUUGGAGCCUUUGAUCUCAACAGUGAGAUGGUGAUAGAGCUAAGAGAGAAGAGGGGAUCCUCACUUACUGCUCAUCAUCUUCAGUAAUUCUCCAAGCCAUGCAUCGGUAAGUUGGUAACACUCUUUUAUCCAGAGCGGGGGGACCUUUAUUUAUAACAAUAAUAAAACGCUGUUCUGACGAUCAUGUUGAAGCUGAACCGAUCCCAAGUUCUCCUUGGCCGUCUAAGAUUUCUUUCACAAUAUAAGGGGAUUAUUUGAGCAGCCAAUAGAAUAAUCGUGUGAAAGAAAGUAGAAGAAAAGUGAAGACGAGGCAUAAAUUUUGCCCUUGCAGGAGUAGACGGAAAUGUGGCAGAAGCCGGACAAAAUUGCGUUUAGAUGAUGGGACGCGAGACCAUAACCGCCGCAUUGUGGUUGAUCAUCUUUGGUCUCUGAUGAUUUGAAGUUGCUGUCAAUACCUUGGCCUCGAAUGCAAACAAUACAUAGUUAAUCUUUCUAGUUUAUCUUGUAAAUUGAAAACCCCGAGCUCUGUUGGGUCAAAGAAGCCCAAUCGUAGAAUUAUUUGCUUUUCAACUGCAAUCCAUUGGUACAAUUUAUAUCAUGCUAAUUCUAAGGCACCAUACUCUAUACAGAUCUAUAAUUCAAGUUGAGGAUAUAAGCAGAAAGAAAAAAGAAUUCAGUUUCUCAAUUUGAGGAGGAUACCCAAGGAAAAUAAGCUGGGAAUUCACUAGGAAUCACAACAUAUCAUUUCUUGAUGCAAUCGGCAUCUAGACCCUUCCGUAUCAGUUUUUUUAAUUUACUAAUGAAUAAAAUAGACUCGAUUGCAGUUGAAUCAAAUAUACAUAAAACUAUCUUUUCUUUUGUUAAAGAAAGAGGAAUAUCCGCCCAAUUGCCCGAGUUGUCUGCAUACCGAGAGGUGUGGUGGGUGGUCAGCCACAACAUUUUGGGGUGCAGAAGCCCACCUCAGAACAAGGUGAUUUGCAGCCAGCCCAAUGAUGGGCCCAUCGAAUUGUUCUUCGCUUUUUUCUUUCUUUAUUUAUUUUUACUCAUGUUUUCCAUGAAGUUGGUCUCUAAGGAAAAGGCUUCAUAGGAGCUGUUCUUAAUAAAAUGUACAAGAGACGAAUUUCAAUUGGGACAAAAUCCAGGAAGUUACCGACCAGGUCUUCCUAAAAAUAAUCAGCACUAAAUUUCCAAAAUUUGAAUUUUUAAGGACAGAACUAGGUUGUAAAGUAGCUAGUAAACAACUCGCGUAGAAACUUCUUACCGAAUACUUGCUGCAAGCAGUACCCUUUGAAUACCAAGCAUCAACAAC